AUGCAGGAGGACCAUUUAAGGGAAUCUGAUAUUUUAACCUCUGCAUUUCCAACAACACAAUCAACUUGGAAUUUUUCACACUGUUCUGAAAAUGCCACCAUCUGCAAAGGGACAUCCUGCUUAAAGCCGACAGAUGAUUUCAACAAAGUUUUGAGUGUAAUCUUAAGUACCGUCCUAACAGUUAUGCUGGCAUUGGUGAUGUUCUCCAUGGGCUGCAAUGUGGAACUGAAGAAAUUUUUAGGACACAUAAGAAGGCCUUGGGGUAUCAUCGUUGGUAUCCUUUGCCAGUUUGGAAUCAUGCCUCUCUUGGGUUUUACCCUGGCAUUUGCUUUUAAUGUGCUUCCAAUUCAAGCUGUUGCAGUGAUCAUCAUGGGAUGUUGUCCAGGUGGAACAUCUUCUAACAUUUUAGCUUACUGGUUGGAUGGUGACAUGGACCUGAGCAUCAGUAUGACAACAUGUUCAACCCUGCUGGCCAUGGGAAUGAUGCCACUUUGUAUCUUUGUCUACACCAGGAUUUGGACAGAUUUCGACUCCAUUUACAUCCCCUAUGACAGCAUUGGCAUUUCAUUGGUUGCGCUUGUCAUUCCUGUUUCCUUUGGGAUAUUUUUUAAGCAUCAAUGGCCCAGGAUAGCUAAAAUUAUUCUUAAGAUUGGUUCUAUAAGUGGCGGUAUUCUCAUAGUGAUCAUAGCUGUAGUUGGAGGAAUAUUAUACCAAAGUUCCUGGACAAUUACACCUGAACUUUGGAUUAUUGGGACUAUCUUUCCAGCUGCUGGUUAUUCUCUAGGCUUUUUCUUGGCUCGCAUAGCUGGCCAAUCCUGGCACAGAUGCCGUACGGUUGCUCUAGAAACAGGAAUGCAGAACUCUCAGCUGUGUACAACCAUUGUGCAGCUCUCCUUCAGUCAGGAACAACUGGCACUCAUGUUUACUUUUCCACUCAUCUAUUCCAUUUUCCAGCUUUCUUUUGCAGCAAUAAUUCUGGGAGUUUACCAGAUCUACAAAAGAUAUUUUGCUGAUGGAAAGAGCAUUUUGAUAGAGAAAAACCAAGGUGAAUCGGAGCCAGUGUCAACUUAUGCAACAAUAAAUGGAGGAUUUAAGACAGAAGAAGGAAAAGAAGAAAACCACACAACAGUGACGGCAAAUGGAAAAGUAUAA